UGUACGGGAGCCGAGAGGGCCCCCGCGCCCGUGCGCGAAGGUGGGCCGAUCGGGCUCUUCGCUUUCGCUGCCCCACCUGAGGGGUGGCCGAGGAGGCUUGUGACGGGAGGAGAGAGAGAGGGGGGGAAAUGCGGCUCCGCCGCCAGCAGCUCUGCCCGGACGCGACGCUUCCGCCACAGCCCCCUCCUCCGCCGCCUCCUCCUCCUCCCUCCUCGCCCUCUUCCCCUCACGCCAUCGUCAGCGGGGGCCACGGACUAGCGGAGCCCCCUCUUCCAGUCCCGUCAGUAUGAGGCCGGCCGAGACCCCCCGCCAGCGCCGAACUCCGGAAGAAUACUGACAAUUGAAUUGCUGCCUUUAUACUGUAAAAAAUUGCAAUAAAGUGGGGAUGUCAAGAGUCUCCACUCCUCCACCACCUGGAGAGAUGUCCAGUGGUCCUAUAGCUGAAAGCUGGUGUUACACACAGGUUAAAGUUGUAAAAUUUUCUUAUAUGUGGACCAUUAAUAACUUCAGCUUCUGCCGAGAAGAAAUGGGGGAAGUUUUAAAGAGUUCUACUUUUUCAUCAGGGCCAAAUGACAAAAUGAAAUGGUGCCUGAGAGUAAACCCCAAAGGACUGGAUGAUGAAAGCAAAGAUUACCUUUCACUGUAUUUACUUCUAGUUAGUUGUCCAAAAAGUGAAGUGAGAGCAAAAUUUAAAUUUUCUCUUUUAAAUGCAAAAAGAGAAGAAACAAAAGCAAUGGAAAGCCAAAGAGCAUAUCGAUUUGUUCAAGGCAAAGAUUGGGGUUUUAAAAAAUUCAUUCGAAGAGACUUCUUACUUGAUGAAGCUAAUGGUCUUUUACCAGAUGAUAAGCUUACGUUAUUUUGUGAGGUGAGCGUGGUCCAAGACUCAGUGAAUAUUUCAGGACAGUCCAGUACAAACACACUAAAGGUACCUGAAUGCCGACUAGCAGAAGAUCUAGGAAAUCUCUGGGAAACAACAAGAUUUACAGAUUGUAGCUUUUAUGUAGGUGGACAAGAGUUCAAAGCUCAUAAAUCUGUUCUUGCAGCUCGUUCACCUGUUUUUAAUGCAAUGUUUGAACAUGAAAUGGAGGAAAGCAAAAAGAAUCGUGUAGAAAUAAAUGAUGUAGACCCUGACGUUUUUAAAGAGAUGAUGAGGUUCGUUUAUACCGGGAAAGCUCCAAACCUUGACAAAAUGGCUGACAGCUUGUUGGCGGCAGCAGACAAAUAUGCACUGGAACGGCUAAAGAUCAUGUGUGAAGAAGCUCUGUGUAGUAACCUCUCAGUAGAAAAUGUUGCAGACAUCCUCAUCCUCGCAGAUUUGCACAGUGCAGAGCAGUUGAAAGCACAAGCAAUAGAGUUUAUUAACAGGUGCAGUGUUCUUAGGCAACUUGGUUGUAAAGAUGCAAAAAACUGGAACGGCAACCAAGCCACAGACAUCAUGGAAACGGCCGGCUGGAAGUCAAUGAUCCACUCCCACCCCCACUUAGUAGCUGAGGCCUUUCGAGCGUUAGCAUCUGCACAGUGUCCACAGUUUGGCAUUCCACGCAAACGACUAAAACAGUCAUGAAAUCUUCCAUGAACUAUAGAGAAUAAAAGACUCCUCAUCCCUGUCCAGAGGGGUUUCCACAGACCAUCUGCCAGAAUUUGCUACCCCCUGUCCACAGAACAGAAAGCUUUUAAGAGUGGAUAAUAAUAUAUGGUUUAAUAAUCAGCUUUAAUUUAGACUGAUAACUCUCCAGUUCACUGAAAGGCCUUAACGUCAGUUACUCUAGUUCAUUUGUGGUUUUCUUUUUUCUUUGUUUUUAAAUUGUGCCUCGUCUUUUUGACUCGGCUAUGUAGGAUUGCACUAGCUCCAUAAUGCAGUAAUGCUGAUAAAUGAAGACCGUUCUUGAAAGGGAUCUUCCUUUUUUUAAAAAAACAACAACAACCCAAAACCCAAAAUGAAGAGUAUAAUUUGGUCUUGUGGUAACUGGAAGGUUUCAACUAGCCUCUUAUUAAAAGCGCUUGAAUCAAGGGGCAGCAAGCACUCCAGUCAAAGUACUGUAUUUAGGGUGCAUCUGUCUACCUUCAGAGGGUGCUGUCAGGCAUGCUGUGGCAAUAUACUACUCUGAAUAUAAUUUAUUUUUCAUUGGUUCAGGUGAGUGAGAGAAAUAUGCAAUGUCUUGGCCCAGAAAUGUAUUUUGCUAGAAUUUCUAAAUGCUUACUCUGUGAGUGUCUCCGUCAGAUGUUAAAAGAAACACACAGUAACCCUUUUUGGCCUGUGUUCCUUUACGAUUCAUUGCUAUUUUACAUUUACAUUGUACUGAACCAGAGCGAAAGCUAGUAUGGAGAGAGAACAAGUGAUAUAUGCUGGGGAAGAAGUGGUUAUUUCUCACAUAGGAUACAUGGAAGGUCAAGGAUGCUUAAGAAUGACCAAAUGUAAAUUUCAGAAAUGGGCCAAAUUAUGGAUUCUCAGUAUGCACUUUUAAUGUGUAACUUUUGUAUGUUGUGUGGUACAUAUAUAUUUUGGUUUUGAUAAAUAUGGUACAGCAAUUGUGGCCUAACUUUUGAAAUACAUUAAGAUGCCCACAGCCACAUGGGAUUUAGUUUUGUUACUGCAAACAAGGAAAGCAUGACUUUAGAGAUGUUGAUUCAAAGUGACUAUCUCAAGUGUUCAUGUUAGAAUCCAUUCUAUUUUCACACUUUGGGUAGGCUUAGCUAUGUUCCUUUAGUGUGUGUAUGCACAAGCCUGUUCACACUAGUGGAAGUUGCACAGACACACACUUAACAGGAAAAAUAGGAGUCUGAAAUGUCAGUAUUUAUAAGCACUGACUUGCUGUUUUUAGCAUUUGCUAUUGUACUAGCAUUGUGGAUGGUAUUGAAAUUCUGCAUAAUGUGAAAAGGAUAUAACAACCUGUAAACUGCUUGUAAAGGGCCAGUUUUUCUAUACAAACCUUCGCUUUAAUGCCACCACUUCCAGUGUUUUUGCUAGCUUUGUUUACAGUUGGGAGGAUUUGUCUGCAGCAGUGCACAUUUGUAAAUGCUUCUUGACUGAUUGACAAUGAAUUUUACUUUAAACCUGGUGAUGUGCUAGAUCUGUUGUGUGGUAAAAGUUAUAUUUAACCAUAGGAAAAGGGAAUUGCUCUGAAUUUUUAACUAAAUAUUUUAAUUGA